UGCCCGAAUUCUCUCUCUUCACGCUUUCUCUCGCUCUCUAUCUCCACGAUUUCCAUUAACACUUUCUCUUCUCUCUCUCUCUCUCUCUAGCGCGCGCGGAAACCUAACCUUACUAUGGUAUGGCGGGCUGAGCGAACUGCUGGCGGGGACCAAACCAGUUGGGGUGUGCGGGGUUCGACUUCGAAAGUUAAUCAAAGGGAGAUAGACUAAUCAAAAGCGCAUUUGUCGUCAAUCGAGGGCAGCGAACCCGCCGGUGUAAUCUUCUUUGCUUGGAUCGUGUUUAAGGAGCAAGAUGAGCACCAAGAUUGAUCAUACGUCUGCAGUUGAACCUCACCAUACUCAGACCACUGUAACAGCUAAAGCAUCUGCAACGCCAACAAGCAGUCCAAAGAUAUCCAUGUUUGCUGCAAAAUCAGGAUUUGUUAUACCUAAAAACAAAUUGUCUGGUUCAUUGAUUCCCAUCUACCGGGGUGGUAAAAAACCGGGAGGCAGUGAUGAGGUGAAUGAUGAAAGUAUUAAACAGGGGCAGAGGAAAACAAAAUGGGGCCCUGACUUGACACAGGAUACCGCUGUUAGAAAAGGAAGAGCUGUGGCUUAUCAGAUUCGGAUAGAUCAAAUUACUAAAGAGCUAAGUCCGAGAAUUCUGGAGAAGGAAGACAAUGAAGACUUGCAAUUGGCAGGCACAAUAGAACAUCAUCGGAAUAAUAGUGAGAAUUCAGAAUUUUUGGAACUUGAAAGGCGGGAAGCUAUUGGUGAAAUAAUGAAGUUAAAUCCAAGCUACAAGCCUCCUGCAGAUUAUAAACCCUUGUUGAAGGAGGCUAAAGUUCUUGUCCCAAUCAAAGAUUACCCUGGGUACAAUUUCAUUGGUCUAAUAUUUGGCCCUUCAAAUGCUACACAAAAACGAUUGGAGAAGGAAACAGGAGCUAGAAUUCAAGUUUAUGGUACCAAAGCAGAUAAGGGAGAGAAGAGUGAAAUUAUGCCAUCAGAUGGAAAUGAAGCCCAUUACGAGGAGUUAUAUGUUCGGAUAUCUGCCGACACUUAUGAGAAAGUUGAUGCUGCUGUUGCCUUAAUAGAACUGCUUGUGACCCCAGUUUCAGUGAACCCUACCGUUGUCUCCACAACUUCAACUCCAGUUUCUGGUGAUAAUGCGAAUGUUGUUGAUCAGAGUCAAGGUAUGGCAACUCCUUAUCUAAUUCCCCCGGCUGGGGCAAACCAGGAAGUGGUACGGUCUAACAUGCAAUCUUCCCAAAAUCAACCUCAAAUUCAGUUUCAGUCAUACCACCCAGGUUCGUGGUUCCCACCAGGGACAUCUCAGAGUUCUUUACGCCCACCUUCUGGAUUCACUUUUCUUCCAAAUUCGUCUUCAGCACCAGUACCCAUAAAUCCUGCCCUAGCAUCAUCAAACAUUCCUUCUCUUUUUGGUCCUGGACCAGUUCAACCAUCAGGGCUUGGGUCAGUUCUCCGGAACCAGCCUCUUUUUCUUUCCAGAUCACAGCUGCCAGUUUUGCAGCGCCCUUUCAUGCCUCAGGGAUCCAUUGGUCAUGCUGGCACACCAAUAAAUCCUUCCAUGCCAGCAGCAAUACAGCCAUCACCUGCACAACCCAGUAUUUCAGCUCCACCUCCUUUUACAGGUAACCAACCUAUGGUAGCACGGCCUCCCCCAGUUGUAAGGCCAUUAGGGCCGUCACCAUCUCAAGCUGUGUCUAGACCUACCACUUCAGGAUUGCUGCCUCCUGAUAGGCCGUUGACCCCUGCUGCUGGGAGCUCUACUCAGUCACAAGCAGUGGCAGCCACUACCCUAUCUCUAGGUCUGGGCAACAUCACAACACCCCCCAUAGCUCCUCGAGGACCACAGCCCAUUAUUAUUGCAUCUGGAACUCCGCCACCAAACAUUUCGUCAAUGAAUAUGGUUUCACCAGUAAGCUAUUCAUCCAGGCCUGAGCCUUUAAAUCAUUCUAUUGUGACUCCAGCUUUCACUUUUGGCCCACAGCCUCAAACAAGACCUCCCCCCCAAGCAUCAUCUGUAGUUCCAAACCCAGUAGCAGCACCUACCUCUGCACCAAGGCCGCUGCCCAUCCAAUCUUCAUCACCUGUACCACCACCAAUGCAACCGUUAACACCAAGGGCUCUUUCACCUAAUCCAUCCCCAAAUCCUUUAUUUGGAUCCAUGCCAAUUGCUGCACGACCACCACCUUUACAAGCAGGAAUUUUAGGUUCUGUUUCAGCAACUACGUCAAGUUUUACUGUCAUACAAUCUCUUCCCACUCUUACUGCUCCAAAGCAGCUAUCGCAUCCGAACUCGGGUGAUUUUACUUUUCAGCCUCACCGGCCCCAGAAUUUAGCCUCCCAAGCAGUUGUUCCAAGGCCAGAUCCAAUGGCACAACCGCCUCUGGCACCAUCUUUCCAGCCAGCUAUGCAUGGAUCAUCUUCACCAACUCUGGUGCAGCAAGGCUUCCCAAGACCACCACCACAGCACCUUAGCAACCAGAUGAAUCAAACUCACAGCCAAAUAUCGCCCUUUGCCAGGAACCCAACAACUUUCCCUACUACUUCAGCUCCACCAAGGCAUCCUCAUGUCCCUCAAAUGGUGGGACCACCAAGGAACGCGAGUCCCGGUCCUCAUACAGCAAGUGGUGGUCCUUUUCCACCGCCACCACCACAUAGUAGGCCAGGAAGUUCUCUGCGGCAGCAAAAUUAUCCUCCUCCUGCAGCAGGGGGCUGGCGUAUGUUAGGUCCAAAUCAACAUGCUAGGGCAGUUUCUUCCAACCCUGGAGAGCAACAACAAAUCUAUGACCCGUUCUCGCCCACUUCUGCUUCCAUCCCACCUCUUCCUCUUCCAGCAAGGACGAGGAAGCAGGAGAACAACGAUCCAGAAUACGAGGACUUGAUGGCGUCAGUUGGAGUAAAAUAAUUUCAAGUUGGCAAACACUUGAUCGGAAGCAGCUGCAGGUUGGAUGAAAUAAUUUGAAGAAGAAGAAGAAGAAGCUGCUUUUCCGUGUGAGAAUAGGGUUCCUAGGUUUUGGAAAUAGUAGUUGCAACAUAUAUGCAGCACACAUUGAAUUUCAUCCAUGGUUACCUGUGAUCCUGUGAUAGCUCAGUUUUCUUUCAAGUAGUAGUAGUAAUAGUAAGUAAUUUUUUUUUUUUUUUUUUUGUGGGGGGGGGGGUGUUUCCCUUUGUUUAUUAUAGUUGGUGAUGAUUUUGGAUACUUGGAUUGUUGUGAUAAUUUAGAUGAGCCAUGUAUACAUGCACGUGGAUGCAGAUUGCAUAUGCUACCAAAGCAAGCAAAGGCCUGGGCCUGUAGGUCAUCAUCCACUGAACUAUUUAAUUAAUCACUUAUCGAUUCAUCAUCAUUUACUGAUU